AUGUCUAUCCCACAGCUACCAUCUGCACCGCCGUCCCUCCGCCCUGCCAUCGGAGGCGGGCGCCCCGGAGCUGCCCGCACACCGAGACUUGGCUUAUCCAUACCCUCAUCCGCCAGUGGAAAGCCCAUCGGAAAUGCCGGCGGCGGUGCCCCUUCGAGGCCCCCACUACCCACAUUGCACCUGGCCACUCCCAUGGGCAGCCAGGUGACGCCGCUGGAGCAGCCUUCGAGGCCCGCCGGCGUCCAACCGGGCCAGUCGGCAGGCGGCGGCAGCGAGAGCAGCGCUGACCACUCGAGGUCGGGGAGCUUCGGUCCCCUCGACGGUCGCGCCAGCAACCCCACAUCCGCCGGCUCGCAAUACUCGGCUCUGUCAUUCGCCUCCCAGUACGGAAUUGGCGUGCCCCGGACGCACGGCACGCCAGAUCCCGUCUCCGCAGUCGGCUCCUUGUACUCGGAGCGGAGCGAGGGUGGCGUCCAGAUGGAGAGGGACGGCAGCCUGCAGGGCCUCGAGGCCUUUGACAAGCUGACCCUGGAGAAGGCUAGGACGAAGGACGUCGAGGACAUGGACGACGAGAGCUGGAGGAUAGCCAGCAUGGAGAAGAGGAUCGAAGAGAUUGGCAGCCUGGGCGAGGGAGCCGGAGGCGCCGUCACCAGGGCCAGGCUCAGGGGCGGCAAGACCGUCUUCGCCCUCAAGAUCAUCACCACCAACCCGGACCCGGACGUCAAGAGGCAGAUUGUGCGUGAGCUGGGCUUCAACAAGGACUGCGCCUCGGAGCACAUCUGCCGCUACUACGGCGCCUUUGUCGACCCCUCGACUGCCACCAUCUCCAUCGCCAUGGAGUACUGCGAGGGCGGCUCGCUCGACAGUAUCUACAAGGAGGUGAAGCGCCUGGGCGGUCGCACCGGCGAGAAGGUCCUCGGAAAGAUCGCCGAGGGCGUCCUCCGCGGCCUGACGUACCUACACACCAGGCGCAUCAUCCACCGCGACAUCAAACCCUCCAACAUCCUCCUCUGCCGCGACGGCGCCGUCAAGCUCUGCGACUUUGGCGUCUCGGGUGACUUCGGCACAAAGGGCGAGGCCAACACCUUCAUCGGCACGAGCUACUACAUGGCACCCGAGCGUAUUACCGGCCAGGCCUACACCAUCACCUCGGACGUCUGGUCCACCGGCGUCACCCUCCUCGAGGUUGCCCAGCACCGCUUCCCCUUCCCGGCUGACGGCACCGAAUCCCAGCCCAAGGCCGGUCUCAUCGACCUCCUCACCUACAUUGUCCAGCAGCCCGUUCCCAGGCUCAAGGACGAGCCCGACAUGAAUGUCUACUGGAGUGAUAAUUUCAAGUACUUUAUCGAAUCUUCCCUGGAAAAGCAACCCAACAGACGUGCCAGCCCAUGGAAGAUGCUCGAGCACCCCUGGAUGGUCGAGAUGCGCGCCAAGAGGGUCAACAUGGCCAAGUACCUCUCCUAUGUAUGGGGCUGGGACGAAGAUAUGUCCAAGUCGUAG